CCCAUUUGCACAUUGAACAUCAACUUACUAAACACAAUGACAGACCACAUAACACAAAAUGUGUCAAGAGAACUAUAUUUCUAUAUGUGUCAAAAUAUAGUAGGGACAGAAGAGCACGUUAAACACAUCAGGUUGCCAAACGCUACCAGGGAUAGUUUGUCAAUUGGCGGGAAUAGAAUAGUAAUAGCAAGUGGAAGUUUUGGUGAAGGACUUCAAUUCAGAUGCGAGGCAGUGAUUUAGAUAUUAUGUUUGUUCAGAAAAAUAUUGAGGUUUAUGAUAUGAAGCCUCGUUUCCAUCCAAAUAUAUCAUAUCUGUCAAUGGAUACAGACGAUGUAAAACCUGGAUUUUCUCAGUUGAGACUAGAAUAUACCAGUGAUCAGACUUUAUUUGAGAACUGUGCACAGUUCGCUAAUAAGCAUUAUCUCUCAAGUACAUUAUGGAAACAGCACUUAAUGAAAGGGAAUACUAAUUCAACUAUUCAUAGACCGUGAUUAUCUGACAAACAUGGAUUAACUGACUUUGUCGAAUGCUUUCAUUGUAAAACUUGGGUGCAACCUGCAAGACAUUGGAUAGCAAGAUCUAAUAACUCAUGGCCAAGUUAUGAUGUCAAACAAAGUAGCAUAAGACAUGGAGUAUUUUUUUGUACCAAUCGGAGUAAAGGGGUCAUCAAAAGAGGAUCUAGAAUGGCGAAUUUCAUUUUCAAUCGGUGAACAACUUUUAAUAAAUACCUUUACACACACUCAAUUAUUAUGCUAUGCUCUUAUAAAGAUUCUUUUGAAAGACGUUAUAGCUACUUUCUCCGAAUGUAAAGAAUUACUCUGCUCUUAUUUCCUAAAAACAAUUAUUUUUUGGAUCUCUGAAGAACUGCCACAAUCAGCAUGGAGACCUGACACACUUAUACCUUGUUUUAUGCAAUGCUUUAAAAGACUUAUCUAUUGUGUUGAGUAUUCAGUUUGUUUGCAUUACUUCAUUCCAGAGAACAAUAUGUUUAAGAAUAAAAUUGAGGGCCGUCCUCGUAAAAUACUAUUAGAAAAACUAUAUACCUUGCAUAAUUACGGUUGGCGAUGCAUUUUAUUUUCUGAUCAAGUAUCAAAUUUUCCUGCAUCAGUGCGAUAUUUUAACAUGGAACAACAGCGAUCGUAUGUACAUAAAGUUGAAAAAGCAACUAAAGCCUAUCUAUUGUGGUCCGCUGAUACGUCUUUCCUUUUAUGUUUCAACUGGGAUAAAGUACUUUGUAGUUCUUUAUUAAAAACACUAAUACAAAAGGCAGUUUCAUUUGACAAAUCUUUGAUAAAAUACUUAUAUAUAUAUUACACGUCAAUGAUCUGUUCCAAUCGUGCACAUUAUAUUCCACUUAACAUUGCAUACAGUAAUAAUGAAUACCAAUUACGACUGUACAAAUCAUGUCUUUGUAAUCUUCUAAAGAAUAUAUAUCAUGACUCUGUAUCUGGAUGGCUGAUGUUAGCUUCGUUUUUCUAUAAUACAAAAGAGCACACCAAAGCUUUACACAUCCUUAAGUAUUCUUUGUCGAAAUGUACUUUAAAAAAGUUGUUUUACACCAUGGAGUUGUCGGAUAUUCAUAAUCAAUUGUUGAAACUAAAAUCGCUCCAGAAAAAGAGUAUUGUUCAUUUGUGGAAAUUAAUGUUCAUAGAUGAAAUGUCAUUUAAACUGAAAUCCAUGUUAAUACCAGAAGAACUACUUUUAGAAGUGGAAAACAGAUCGUUUUCCAUUUCAUCUUCGGUGUAUGCUUAUUUUCUUAAGUUUCUUUGUCAUUAUCAUCUCAAUGAUAUCAGAGCGUGUCAGGAUACCAUCCAAGUUCUACAACUUGUUAUAGAAGAAAAAUAUUUAAUGGUAACAAAUUUAAAAUCAGAAGCUGCAGCCUAUAGUCUUCUGGGUGUUGCUUUUCAGAUGUUCUGCGACACUGAAUCUGCACGUCAAACGUUCUUAAAAUCUGUUGAAUUACACAAUACUCCAUCCGGUACUCCUGCCGCAAAGAGACUUAUGUUAAUGUGUUCAUUGUAAUAUAUGAACAUCUUGUUAAGUCAUCGAUAUUAUAAUAUAACUGUAUUUGUAAUGUCUGUGGAGACAAUCAAAAUUUAAGAAAAUUUAAGGAAUGUAAUAAUUGUAUAGCCAGCAAAGAAGGUAUCGUGGACGUAGUAUUGUUAUUAAAUAUAUCACCAAACUAAUGAAAUAUGACAGUUACAACAGAUUGCAAAAAAGGACGCGUUUAUUGAUAUGGGUCAAUGUUCGCAAUUGUUUCUCCAUAGGCGGUAAUGGCAACGUUUUCUUCUGUUGCUCAGUCCAUAUCGUUAACUUGGAUAUGUAUGAUGGCUCGUUUUGAAGCUGAGACAUUUUCACAUAUGUGGUUAAAUUUUUGGGGUACGAAGUGAGAUUACUUUUUCCUUAAAUUAGCAAACCCCGAAAAUCCUUUCGUGAUGCGGCUCCUCGUGGUAAAAAAUCCCUUUUUUAACACAAUAAGUUCUUUGAAAAUUUAAUAUUUUGAACACAUUUAAUAGCUCCAUAGUUUUUACACAUUUAUUCUAUGUUCCCCUACUUUCUAAAUCAACACAAAUGGUUAAGUUCAGUCACUUGUUUAUCAUAGAAACGUGUCAAAUAUCACUACACAGAGAUUUUUUGUUUACACACAACUUUUGAGUUCCUCAUUUCGAGGCGCAUUAGGGAUAUUGACCCAUAUAUGUGAAUUUGCUAU